GUUUAGAUAUUGAAAAUAAUUCUUUUUAUACAUCAUUACAUUCAAAACCUGUUAUAACCAAAAAUAUUGAAGAACAAGCACAAGAUAAUGAAAGACAAUCACAUAAUAAUGAACAAUCACAAGAUAGCGAAGGACAAUUACAAGAUAGUGAAAGACAAGUUAAAGACAAUAAAGAACAAAGGCCUCUAUUACUAUUACAGCAUAAAUUGCAUGAUAUUACUAAUUCAGCAAAUAUUGAUAUCACUAUAUCAGACUGGUUAGUUUUUUUUUUUUUAAAAAAAUAA